CAGGAGGAAGUGGCGUCACGGGGUCACGGAUAACGCCUGGAGAAGUGCGGCUCCACGUUACCCUCCACUCUCCCUCGUUACCCCUCCACAGUUCGCGUGCGUUACUCAGCGUUACCCCGCGUGAUCGCACCCCGCCAUCAUCCCUCGUCGGGAAACGUUUCCCGGCGUCCCCCCGCGCUCGUUACCGCCCCCCCGCAGGCACCGCCGCCUGGCGGCCUGGGCCGAGGGAGACGCCGCGAGUCGGGCCGCCUGAGGUUGGACUCGGCUGCUUUUCGUCGGGCUCGGUCCUCCCGCCACCACCGCCGCCACCAUGGCCGAGUCUCAGCAGGUGAGUUCGUUGCCUCUGCCGCCGAUGCACUACGCCAAGGAGUACACGGACGAGGCGGUGCGGCGCGGCGUUGCCCCGCGGCCCCCCCCGCCCCUCCGCGACCACUACCUCAUGUUCGGGAACCCCUUCCACUGCGACGACGUGAUCAUCCGCCCGCUGGAGAGCCAGGGCAUCGCCCGCCUCUACCCACCCGACGUGGACCACAAGCGCGAGCUCAAGAAACUCAACGUGUCCAUCCUCGUCAACUUCCUGGACCUGCUCGACGUGCUGGUGCGCGGGCCGAGCAGCGUGCGGCGCGACGAGAAACUGGAGGACCUGAAGCUGCUCUUCGUGCACAUGCACCACCUCGUCAACGAGUUCCGGCCGCAUCAGGCGCGCGAGACGCUGCGGGUCCUGCUCGAGGUGCAGCGCCGCACGCGGCUCGACACGGCGCAACGAUUCUCGCGGCAGCUCGACGCCGUGCGCGACCUCCUGUCCGGCUGCCUCGCGGCGUUGGGCGGUGGUGGAGAGGGGACCGGCGGCAGCGCUGGGGAGACGGCAGCAACGGCGGGGACGGGGGGAGGAGAGGCCACGUGUACGGCGAGCGUGAAGGUGGAGCCGAGCGAGGAACCAAUGGAGGUGACGCCCCGCUCACCGAGCCACCCCGGGCCGGGCCCGCUGGGCCAGACAGGGCCCACGCCGAAUGCGGGCAAAGAGGCAAAUGGUGCCAUGAGCGACAAGGAUGCGUUCAUGUGUCGCUUAGUGGAUGAGCUCACUUGAGCGGGAGAUCGUGGUUGCGUCUCGCGGUGUGUUUGUUCACGGUGUGAAAAGGGGACGGACUUGAAUUAAUCAGAAAAAGUAAUGCCCAUAGACUAUAAUAGGGACCGUGGAAAAGCUAUACCCAUGGUUUUCCCCAGCUAUACAUUUGCCUUGGGCAUUUCAUUUCCAUUGCAGUGUACACUUGUACCUCAUUCAUGAAGGACCCGAGUUCGAUGACCGACUCGGGCCUCUCUGCGUUUAGUUUGUAUAUUCUAAUCCUUUCUUGAUUUGAAACUUUCCUGACUACAGGAAACCAUACUCUUUGGUUCUCUCGGUAAAGUCACGUAGGUAGAAAAUACAAUAAAUCACGUUUCGGGCGCAACACAAGCGUCCGUCAUCAGGUGGGAGAGCGUGGCCUGCUGCUGAGGCAGACUUUAAAAAGGUGUGAAAUGGGUGUUGUAGCCCAAGGGUCAUAAAGAAGUGGCCGGGGCUAGUGAUGUUAAUGUGAGAAAUUAGCAUGUAACUGUAAGAUAGGAGGAGAGCGGCCUCCUCGACGAGGGAGUGCAACCCAACGGGUGCAAUCCAAAGGGAAUGUGGGUAUGAGAGUGCAAUCCAAAGGCAUGAGAGUGCAAUGCAAAGGACGUGAGCAUGAGAUCUGAGAGGCAUAGAGAGACAGAGUCGGAAAUAACAGCUGACAUUAACAUAUUAACCAGGUAAAGUCUUAACUGACUGUGAUGUUUCUGUCCUACCUGCCUAUGUCAGCUGUUAUUUCCGACUCUGGGUCUCUCUCUAUGCCUCUCUUAGAUCUCUCAUGCUCACAUGUCCUUUGCAUAGCACCCUCAUGCCUUUGGAUGGCACUCUCAUGCUCACACGUCCUUUGGAUUGCACUUCAUACCCACAUUCCCUUUGGAUUGCACCCGUUGGGUUGCACUCCCUCGUCGAGGAGGCCGCUCUCCUAUCCUACAGUUACAUGAUAAUUUCUCACAUUAACAUCACUUAUUUGACCCUUGGGCUACACCCAUUUCAAACCUUUUAAAAGUCUGCCUCAGCAGCAGACCAUGCUUUCCCACCUGUUGACGGACGCUUAGUGUUGCACCCGAAACGUCAUGAUUUAUUUUAUACCUACGUGACUUUACCCAAAGAACCAAAGAGUAUAUAUUUGAAUCCUGUUGCGUGGGUUUCCACCCAUUGAGAAACAGUGUCAUUCGUGUUGGCCAAACUUCCCAAUAUAGCAGGACCCAUCUCAAGAAGUAUUCAGCCUCUGACUUGUAUGGGUAAAUAAGUAAUUAUUAAAAGUCUGGACAUUACGGGUUUGUCUUUGAUUUGUCUGUCCCAGUGGAAAGCUUUGUAUUUUUUAAAAGCUGUGCACACGUGUCUAUUGACCUGUAGCCUAUAGUUUUUGAUAAGUUUGUGGUGGAUGACUUUUGUAAAGCCAAGGUGACUGACUGUUUUCGACAAAUGUAAAAUAAAACUUUUUGGCAGUCA